AUGGACCCGCUCGCGCGGCUGAUGGAGGGCGCUCCUCUGCCGGGUGUGCUCGGGGCGACCAGGGACGCGAGGCCGAGAGGUGCUCUGGUGCAUGCCAGCCUCGCCGCCGCCCCACACCUCGGAGAUAAGAAGGGGAGACACCUUACAGGAACGUUCUGCCUCACCGGAGACACUAUGGAAGGGAUCAUACAGUGCCUCGUCUUUUUGAAGGCUUUUUCGGUAAGUUGGACUUUGGACGAAACUACAGUCAAAGCUGUUAAAUCAGGAUUAUAG